AUGCCUGUGCCACCCUUUGUGAGGAACCUCAGCGCUCCGAUCGUCAAGGAAUUCGAGCGCCUCGCGAAACAGAAGAGGUGGGAUAGGCUGAAGGAUAGCAAGGAUGAGAAGCGGAGGGACAAGUAUUGGGCCGAGAGGAGCAGGUUUAUUAGGAAGGCGGUAGUGGAUGACUUUACGCGGCUGUAUGGAAAGGACAAGACGGACAUGGAAGCAUGGAGGAGGCUCCUUCGUGAUCUUGGAGAGAAGAAAUCGCCGCGCGAUCCUAAGGAUGGGCAGAAGAUAGCGCAAUGUAUCUACAUCAAUAUUGUGCAGUUUAUGGACGUCAGGGCAGCACAGACACGUCCUGCCGAUGAGCGUCCUACACUCGAGGUCUUCAAAACAAGAAAGGCCUUGGCGGAAUGGACCGUGGAGAACGAUAUGUUAUUCCCUUUGAAAAAAGCCAAAGCCAAUAAGUUUCUCAAGUCGCUUCUUAUUCACCUCUCUCUUCCCCGGCCGCGGCACAACACUCCAACCCCCCCGAAAAUCCCGAAAAUCGAGCCGUUGAGAGGUCGUGAUUGGGUAUUUGUACAUAAGUAA